AAUGGCUUCCGCGGCCGCCUUCUUUAAGAGAGCCAAAUGGCUUGUACAGUAUCUGCGGCUGGUGUUAAGAAGUACAUAUUUCGUAGUCUGCUCUGGCAUGAUGUGGAUAGCAUGCCUCUUCCCGCCCCUUAGAGGAAAGAUUUUGUCUUCCUGGAAGAAAGACGUAGACAGGAGGGCCCCGGGGAUGUUGACAACACCUGAGCAGUGUCAACAAUACCUGAGCGAACGGGCAAGUCUGGCUGCGUGGAAAGGAAUGCUGUUCAUGUUGACGUUGGAGUUGGAGGCUGAAGUGUUUGAGGGAGGCAAGGCCACCGACUCCUCCCUCGUCAGGCUUGACGGGAGCUCCUGCCGGCUGCUCCAGCUCGCCCGGGCGGCCCGCCCUCUGGUCAUCAGCUUCGGCAGCAACACCUGACAGCCGUUCCGGGCGAAGUUGGACAUGGUCAAGCGGAUCAUGUCGGACUUCGCCUCCGUGGCCGACUUCGUGGUGGUGUACGUGGCCGAGGCGCACCCCACCGACGGCUGGGCCCUGAGCGGAAACAUGGCCACGGACAUCCGGCAGCACCGGAGUCUGGAGGAAAGACUGGCGGCAGCGGAGAUGCUGGCUCUGCACGACAUCCCCUGUCCUAUCCUGGUGGACACCAUGGACAACGCCGCCGCCCGUGCGUACGCAGCGUUACCGGAAAGGUUGUACAUCGUGUUGGACGGAGUGUGUGUUUACAGGGGCGAGCAGGGUACGGGUGGCUACCGCCCGGAGGAAGUCCGUGACUGGCUGCAGAAAUUCUCUGGAUAAAGUAGAGGGACUGUCGACAGUUUCUAUAGUUAUUUCUAGGGCAGACAUCAUGCAGUUUUAAACUCUUUGCUACAUCCUGAUUGAUGUUUAUUACCCCAACGUACGGAGGUUUUGUGUGGUCUUUUCGGGUGUUUAUGUGCCCAUAGUUAUUCAAAGUAGACUCAUCAUCUGCGUCCAAGUGUGAUGUUCUUUAGGCAGAUGUUUCAAAGACUGCUGUAAAAUUCAAUUUGUAGAGUGGUUCUGAGGAUUUCAAAAGUUAUAUUUCAUGAGCAUUUUUUUCUACAAAGCCUGGCAAAAGAAACAAUUUAAGAGUCUACUCUAAAGUACAAACGACAACACUACUCACUCACUAAAUUCCAAGGAGGAAACACCAAUAACUAAGUCACUCGGAUUAAUAUUUCCCAUGUAGGUAUAUACACACACAUAUAUAUGUAUAACAGCAUUGUCAAGUAUGGAUGAUUUUAUUUCACGUUCAAUUGCCUACAGCAAUCCAUUACAGGACUAACCUUUAGACUAAGUAUCCAAUGUAUCAGGGGAAACAUUUUGCAACUCUGGUGACAAUUACUCGGAUUCUCACUUUUGAGCUGAACGGAACCAAAGUCAAGGUGGGAAUGUGGUGAGAGAGAAUGAUGGUCUCAUUGGAAAUGUCUAGUGCACUGGUGAGAACCUGAGAACGAGACCACCACGGGUUCACUUUGGCUUCGCUCUGAUGUCAGUUCAGUUGUGGAACCUGUUGUUAUGUUGAACACAAUGAGAUGCUGAUGCCACAAUAAAGAAUACAUAAGGAAAGUGUAGCAUAGUCAAAUACUUAAGCCCUCUGCCAUGUCGUUCAAUUGUCAGUGCGUAAUGAAUAUAUUUGU